CUUUCCCCCCCCACCAUGGACUCGGCCGCCGGCGGCCCCGGCCCCGGCCCCGGCUACCCCGAGUCAACGGACUCCUCCCCGCGCAGCCGCGGCGGCGACUCCUGGGACGAGCCCUUCCCCUCCUCCGCCGCCGCCGCCGCCCGCCUCCGCCUCAUGUGCAGCUUCGGGGGCCGCAUCGUGCCGCGCCCCACCGACAAGUCCCUCUGCUACCUCGGCGGCGAGACCCGGAUCGUCGCCGUCGACCGCAACGCCACCCUCGCCGACGUCCACGCGCGCCUCUCGCGCUCCCUCCUCGCCGGCCACCCCUUCACGCUCAAGUACCAGCUCCCCAACGAGGACCUCGACUCGCUCAUCUCGGUAUCCACCGACGAGGACCUCGACAACCUGGUCGACGAGUACGACCGCGUCGCCGCCGCCGCCGCCUCCUCCUCCGGCGGCGCCGCCGCGUCCCGGACCUCCCGGAUCCGCCUCUUCCUCUUCCCCGCCAAGCCUGAGUCCUCCUCCUCCCUCGGCUCGCUCCUCGACGACUCCUCCAAGUCCGAGAACUGGUUCGUCGACGCGCUCAACAGCGCCAUCUCCGGAUCCUUCGACGGCAUCCCGCGCGGGAUCUCCACCGACUCCGCCUCCGUCAACUGCCUCCUCGGCCUCGAGGACGACGCCUCCCAGCACUCCCGCUCCGGCCCGCCGCCCGCCGACGACCCGCGCAAGCUUCCCGCCCCGGCCGCCGCCGCCGCCGGCCGCCACGACGUGCAGUCCGUGCCCGACUCCCCGAUGCUCGACAAGAACUCGUCUUUCGGCUCCACGUCCUCCGCGCCGUCGCUGUCCAAUCUGCCCCCGAUCAGGGUCAGGCCGGACGAACGCCAGCUCGCGCCGCCGGUCUCUGUAGAGGAUCACUUUGCCCAGAUGGGGAUCUCGGAGCAGCAGCCUCCGCCUGUGAUGAUGGGAUAUACUAUGCAGCAGCAACCGCCGCAGGCGCCGAUCCCCGCCAUGGGGGUGCCGGUGCCACCGGAGGCGCCCACCCGAGUCUUCUCCGACGAUGAGAGGUCUGAUCAUGGGGGUGGAGCUCGGAUGCCACAGCCCCCUAAGCAGGAGGUUCCAACUACUGCCGACCCCAACAACAGGGCCAUGUACUACAAUGAUAUGUCGCCUCGCAAUGAUAUGAAGCGGGACAUGCCCGUGGGAACUGAUGCGGCCAGCUACCGCGCGCCAGCGCAAGCUUCAGAUGCUGCUGUCGCUGCGGCCGCGGCCCAGCAGCCGCCGCCUGGCUAUGUCUAUGCACAGAUGCAGCCGCAGCAGCACUUACAGCAGCCGCCUCAGCAGCAGUUACAGCAGCCACCACAGCAGCAAUUACAGCAGCCGCCACAGCAGCAAUUACAUCAGCCGCCGCCUCAGCAGCAAUUACAGCAGCAACCACAACAGCAAUUGCAGCAGCAGCAGCAGCCUCCGCCGCAGCAACAGCAUCAGCCAGCUCCGCAGCAAAUUGUCACAGCAGGGAAUCAGCACUUCAUUCACAACCCAGCCACGGGCACGUUCAUUCCGAUCCAAUCUUAUUACCACCAGCCUGUGCCUCAAGCAGCGCCACAGCAGCAAGCGUAUGACCCAAAUACCGGCAUGUACUACAUCCCUAUGCGCCCGAAUGCGCCUCAGCAGUACAGCAUGCCUCCUCCUGGUGCUGCUGCCCCUAUGCCUGCUCCGACGCUUGUUGAAAGCGCACCGAAGCCAACCGUGCCGAUUGCUCAGCAGCCGGUUCCUCAGCAAUAUAUGAAGCCUGAAUUGCAGCAACCUGGUAUGUACCGAAGUGCUGUGCCUGCUGCCCCUGUUCCGGGGACUAAUACAGCCCCGGGGUACCCUGGAAUGGGUUACCACCAUGUAAUGCAAACCCACCACCAUCCGGCACAGCAGCCUGCGGCAACCAUGGCGGGGAAUUAUGGGUAUGAGUAUGCUGAUCCCCGCGCGCAGGUCUUCUACUCUCAGGCAGGAGCACCACCUGCAUCAUUGCCACCACAGUAUAAUCCCAUGGGAUCACCUGAUGCCAGCCAGGCUGACUUGAAUCAGAACCGCGGUUCAUAGCUACUGCAAUGGUGAAUUCUGGUAUGCCGCUUGUCCUAGAGGUAAUCCUGCUGUUACUUAUCACAUUAUUGUUUAUUACAACUUACACAAGUCAAUGGCAAACAGUGGAUGGUGUCAUCGGGCUGCUGUACAUUUGGGCUCAAAUCAAUCAUGCAUCUGGGGCUGUGACUAGAGGGGUUUCAAAAUAAGAUCCAAAUGGUAUGUUUGCUCUUGCCUUGUUGACACUGAGAGGGAGUUUCUGAUUGGUUCUGUUGAGGGUCCAGUUGCUGAUGUUGGAGUAAGUGGGGGGUGGAAGACCGUGAAGUGUUGGAUUACAGUUCCAAUUGCUUUGUCUUAUUUUUGAAUAAAUAUAUAGUGUCUAAAAAGCUCAGUAAAAAUUCGGAACCGAGAACUCAUCAUUUGUGUAGCCCUAUGUAUAUUUAAACUCAUGGAAGGUACUGAGGUUGAAAUUCCAGAUAUAUGUGUUUAUUAGCUUGCUUGUACAAACUUCAUUCGAGUUAAAUAUGAUACAGUCUUUGUCCCUUA